GCUGGGGCUGCCAGAGCCAGGAUGGGGGUGGAAGGCGCGAUAGCAGGGACUGCGGCACAGCAGGGCAGGCGGCCCCUCCCUGUGUUUGGAGACGAUGGCAGAGCUGAUAGCCACCCCUCAGGUGCGGCCAGCCUGCUCCGGAGGAGACUAUAAGAGCCAAGGGAGGGCGGCCCUCUCCACCUGGCCGGGAGCAGGAGGGGCUUCUAGACAGAGACAUGGCAGCUCUGCAGGAAAAGAAGACCUGCAGCCAGAGGAUGGAGGAGUUCCGGCAUUACUGCUGGAACCCAGACACCGGGCAGAUGCUGGGCCGCACCCCAGCCCGCUGGGUGUGGAUCAGCCUCUACUAUGUGGCCUUCUACGUGGUGAUGACUGGACUCUUCGCGCUGUGCAUCUAUGUGCUGAUGCAGACAAUUGACCCAUACACGCCUGACUACCAGGACCAGCUAAAGUCGCCAGGGGUGACCCUGCGGCCCGAUGUGUAUGGGGACAGAGGCCUGGACAUCUCCUACAAUGUCUCGGACAACAGCUCCUGGGCAGGCCUGGUGCACACACUCCACAGCUUCCUGGCAGGCUACACCCCAGCGUCCCAGAGGGGCAGCAUCAACUGCUCCUCCGAGAAGUACUUCUUCCAGGAGAGCUUCGCGGCCCCAAACCACACCAAGUUCUCCUGCAAGUUCACGGCAGACAUGCUGCAAAACUGCUCAGGCCUGGUAGACCCUAGUUUCGGCUUCGAGGAUGGAAAGCCAUGCUUUAUCAUCAAAAUGAACAGGAUCGUCAAGUUCCUCCCCAGCAACAGUACAGCGCCCCGCGUGGACUGCGCCUUCCUGGAUGAGCCCCACCGGGACCCCAGGACCCUGCAGGUGGAGUACUACCCGCCCAACGGCACCUUCAGCCUACACUACUUCCCCUACUACGGGAAGAAAGCGCAGCCCCACUACAGCAACCCUCUGGUGGCAGCGAAGCUUCUCAACAUCCCCUGGAACUCAGACGUCAUCAUCGUGUGCAAGAUCCUCGCCGACCACGUCACCUUCGACAACCCCCAUGACCCCUACGAAGGGAAGGUGGAGUUCAAGCUCAGGAUUCAGAAGUGAAGGCCGGGGCGGGGACCCAACUACAGCAAGUGUAGGCCUGCCCCUCCUGCUGCGAUCUUGCCUGCCAGGGACCUGCCCACCACCUCGCACGCGUGGCAAUGCCGAGAAGCACGCAGGUCCAGCUCUCGCCACAGCACCAGCCAUUCCCUAUCAAAUCCGCAUUCUGCUUUGUUUUCUUAUUUUGAGACAGGGUCUCACUAAGUAGUCUGGGCUGGCCUUGAACUUGCCAUCCUCCUGCCUCGGUCUCCUGAGUAGCUAGGAUUUCAUGCAUGCACCUUGCACUGGGCCUUUUGCUGUACUUUGGAAGGAACCUCAGCCAGGAUAAGAUGUGGGGCUCCGGCGGGUGCCCAAAGGCCGCGCCUGCCCUGUGAACCAGGCCCAGUACCACUCGGCAUCUUCCACAUGGGCCUUCCCUCCUCACUCUAACUUGGUUUCUCCAGACUUCAACAUGAACCACUGUUCACAGCACAUAAAACUGUAGAAGCACAGGCAGCAAAUGUGGUGCACUCUGAAUUCUGCCUUCUAAAGACAUAUUUCCCACGGUACAAAAACAAGACACAUUCAAGUUACUCUUACAGCCACGUUUUUCCCAACCUGGAAGAACUAAAAAUCAAAACCUUCCUUCUUUGAAAGCCUCCUGUUUCGGUUGCAGCGCAGGGAACUUACGAGGCAUCUGAGGACCACCACGCUCGAGGCUGCAGGAGCCAGCAGCGGGGGGUAAGGGGGGCUCAGUCGCCAUCCACGGACAGGACUUGAACCCAGUUAGUCAUAGCAGGGUCAGGGCUCAUUUCACUGGGGUACAUCCCUCCUCCCACACUGGCGCACCCAUCCCACCAGCCCCCCAAACCUGUCCCUGUAACAGCAGGGAGCAGAGGGGCAAACAGGUAGAUGCUCAGUGCGGGAAACGAGUGGACAGACAAGCAGCCGGGAAGCAAGCGCAUCUCCUGUCAUCACUUAGUCCGCGGGCACUGAACAGGCCUGAGCCCCACCCCAGGCCUCCUUCCAGAGCGGGACCUCGCCUCCCGUACAGACCACACGCAGUGGGGAGUGGCGAUUCAAAUAAAACCCUCGGGCUCCUCACUGUUUGUCAUUGUCUUUCUGCUCCUCAGAUUCAUUCAGCAUUUCUAUCAUUGGACUUUGUGUUCUCUGGCUCCCCUGUGACGUGCUCUAGGAAACUUCUGGCUUCAUUUAUUGUACUCUGCGCCCCUUGAGUUUUUUUCUGGGUUCUGUUAGGUUUUCAGUCUCUGCUGUGCUCUGCACAUCUCUAAUUUGUUCUCCGAGCAGCCUUGGGACAUCUGUUUUGAGGACCCUGUCUGGGACACCCAUGACCACACCCUUCCGGGAGCAACACCUGCUGACUCACUUUCCCUUUCAAUAGCCACACGUUUUGCUGUGUGCCUUGUGACUUUCUGCUGAACGAGGGCUUUUGAAUCUGCUACCAUGCUGACGAGCAGCAGGAUCUCUGUCUCUCCUGGGGUCUACUGGGCUUUCUCCUCGCUGCCGCUUUGGAGAGCACUGGCGCAUCCCUUGCUGGGCCCAGCCUGAGGGUGGGCUACGGGUCUCUCUGGACCCUGCCCUGGGUGUGCACAAUCGCUCUCCAGACUUCCCUAAACAGAGUUGUUUUCAUAGCCUCAUCUCCAGUGUCUGCUUCCAAAAGGGGAAAGACAAAAGUGAAGGGAGGGUUGGGAAGAAUGGGCUGGCACUCCAAAUCCCCUGAAGCCACCUCAGCCCAGGGAAGGUCCUGCAGCAAAGCGAGAGGAGCAGUGGCUGCAGCCAGAGCAAAGCCUGGAACUGAGGACGCAGGUCUUUUGCCCACCCUGCGGCCACUGGCUGUGUGCUUGGCACCCCAGGGAAGCCAUGUGGCCUGCAGAUGCCGGGCAGGCACAGCAGAGAUGGAUAGUGGAGCCUUUACCUUCCACACCUCUGCACGGGUAGUCCUUGGAGUCCUGAGCUCCUAAACUGUCACCUGUUGCAGAUUCGGCCUAGUGAUGCUGUCAGGCAGGCGACACCUAUGCAUCCCACACUGCCUCUCCCAGAAUUUUCUCUCCAUCUUAUUCUUUUCUGAAAGACAAACCUACAAAAUCUGCCCCAACUUUCAGGAUAGAGGGGAGUCAAAAGUCCUGCAACAAAGGCACCCAGAGAGAAGGGCGCCCACUGUCCCACUCACCUGGCCUCCUUCCCUCAGCCCUGUGCCCUCCAAGCAACUUCAGGGGACCAAGGGGCGCAGGCCUGGACCCUGCUCCAGAGCAGGGGUGCACCCAGCGACCCCGUCUUUGUGCGGCAGCCUGCUUCUUCACCAUAGUGUAAAACGAGACUACGAGGCAGUAAUAAUUUCCAGACAAUAAUCCUGAAAUAAAGACAGAGCUUGCUUAAAAUGCCCAUGCGCGUUUUAUUAAUAAAAACUAACAGUGCCAAGUUAAAGUCAAACAAUUAAAGUCUCUUUAUAUUCCAUAAAAUAUUACAGAAAAGUUUAUUUGUGUUUCAAUAAAAAGACUAUUGUUUCAGAACAGGCAGCUAACAGCAACUGUGCAGUUAACGUUUU